AUGUCUUCGCAGACUCAGCAGCAGCUUUCCCAGGAGCACGUCACUCUGACCGUGGCCACAGACAACUCUUCUCGCACUCGUUACCCGCAGUCGCCAGUGCCGCUUCCCGCCAUAUAUGUCAAGGCAAUCGAGCGCUUGAAUGCGCAUAAGAACUUUCAGGCCCGACUAGCCCCGGCCUCUUCCAGCUCCUCGUCGGCAAUCUCGCCUUCAUUGGCCUCCAAGAACGCCAAGGCGAAGUCGUCCUCACCUUCCGCUGCUGAAACUCUCGCCACCGGCAAGACUACUGGCUCCGGAAUCAACAAGAAGAAGAAAAAGAUCAAGAAAGAUAAGAAGAAGAAUAGCAAGAAAUCAUCCAAGGAGCCCGAGAACAUCGACGAGUCCGAGGAAUCGCAGGAGGUCUCCAACGCCGUGAUCAAGCUCGAGGGUCCCCAGAACAUCGACAAAUGGCACACGUCUCUCAUGUUCGCUCUCGGACCUCUCCAUCACUUCGUGACCCAGCGCUUCGAGGAGCUUGUGAGGCCUCCGGUGGAGGAUGCGGUAGCUCGUCGCCAGUGGGACGCCGAUAAGAAAUCAGCCGGGAAGACGCUCAAGUCGUCGCUCAAGAAAGUCAAGAAUCUCCUGAGAGACAGGCUCGACAAGUCUUCGCGAGACCAGAAGGAUCCCUUCAAGUUCUACAGUGCCGUGAUGCGGGUCAUGCGAGCCGAGGCCGACCGCAGCAGCUUCACUUCGAUGCUCGUCAAGCAAGCUUGCGACUUGAAGGUCACCAACUUUGAUAACCUCGCCGCCUACCAAUCCCACAUGAAGGAGGUCCGCUGCAAGCUGGCGCUGCUGAGUGCCUAUCCCGGUGACCGCUUUAUGGUUCUCGCUGCCAUCAACGGUCUGGGUACCAAUAGCUUGACAGAGGGUAUGCUGCAGGUGGUCACUGCUCCGCCCAACAACAGCGAUGGAUUGAAGGACCCUUCUGCCAUGGGCAGUAUCCCCGAGUAG